CACCAUCACUAACUGUCACAACCGAUCCAAAAAUACACAUUGUUGCUCAAAAAUUUGAAUGAGUACAGUGCCUGCCCAAUCAAAUACAUAAACUACAGAAAGCAGAAAAUAAUGAUUUCCGAAAAUAUCGCAGUGUCCGGCGCCCAGUACAUCCAAGCAACCCCACCAGCACACGCGCUUCAGUCAGCAAAAGCCAAACCCACGCCAUCACCAGGUUUAGGACGGAGGACCAAACUGGCGGCCCCAAAGUCAAGAUCGGCGGCGGUACUACUGAAGCGCCGGAGCCGCCGGCGGCGGCACGAUGGAGGAAUUGAUAGUGCCGGCAGUGGAGGCGUUGGUGUAGGAGGCCGUGCUGGAACAGGAGCUGGAGGAAGCGGUACCGGUGCCGGAGCAGGCCGAAAUAUCCAUAAUGCUCACUCAAAUGGGAAAGAACCCUGCCAGUUUGUUCCUGUGCGUCGUAAGCCAUUGGGUGAAUAUAUGAAACUAGCUCCAGCACCGGUUUGUAUUCCGCAUCCGCCGGUUCUUACCUAUGCCGCAGCUGUGGAGGCUUUACCAGUUCCAAAGUACACCGGCGUCAAGGUAAUAAUCUCGCCGCGUUUGAAGCGGGCCAGCAAACCAGGGAAAUCGAACCAGAAUAAACGGCCCAAGAAGCCACAAACCACUAAGCCAGGUAAUCAGUUCAGCAUAUUCGCGGCGGAGCAGCCGAAGCCGCACAUUGUCCAUGUGGACCCCAAAGUUUUCCGAGCAGAGGAGCAGCAGCCUGCCAAAGGGAAAUCAAAAGGAAAGCGGAACAAGAAGGCCAAACCCAAGUCAGACCAGAGAUUGCCCCAGAACCAACCGAAACCAAAGACUCCGGCUCCGAAAGCGAAACAGAAACAGCGAACGGCAAUGAACCAGACACGAACGGUGGCAUCCACAUCGUCAACCCCGGCACCCAAGACGCCAAAGCCAGCGCCCGAGCCACCAACGCCGGAGCCGAUGACAUCAACGCAGAAACCCGAGUCACCAAGGGAAUUUAGUGACUCCUUUAGCUAUCUCAACUACCACCAUGAGAAACUUCAGCGCAUCCUGGCCAUCCAAACAGCUGGCAUGCGUCCUGUUUUCGCCCAUGUGCCCCGAGGUCCACCAUUAGCAUCUCCAUUUGGCUUUGCACCAGAACCAGCAUCCUCAAGUUCGAAUUACACCUUCAGAGCGACAGCCCCACGUCCAGUGCAGCGGUAUCCCAUCGCCUUUGACGAUCGGCAAUUGAAACGCAGCGAGUUGGAGGCCGCCGCUCUGUUGGCACAAAACAAGGCAAUGCUGAAUCUAUGGAUUAACCCGCAUCUGUUUAUCUCCUAGAUAGCAUCAGCCCGUUUCGCCCCCCGCCUCGAAAAAUUCAAAUUCAUUAGUUAGUUUUGUAUGUUGAUUUCAGUAAUUCUGUCAAAUUAUAUCAAAAUUUGAAAAAGAACGGUUCACUAGCAGGCAAAUAAGCGCUGCCAAUUGCGGAAAGCUGGUAGCAUAGUGUGACCAUAUUUUUGAGUAUAUCCGCAAAAUAUAGUAUUUUCUGCACA